AUGUUUUCGCGACUCCAUCAGUCUGAGCGACGUCCGAACGCUUCUCAGAGACCAAACUCUGCACGCCACCUCCUUCUCCUCUUCACCCACACCGAGAUGAACGAGGAGGCAGAGGAGUCACAGCUGCCCGAUCAGGAGCAGGAGCAGCAGCAGGAGGAAGUGCAGCAACAGGAGGGAGAACAGCAGCAGGAGGAGGAGGUGCAGCAGCCAGAGAUGCAACAGGCGGGAAACCAAGAGGAGGAGGAGCAGGAACAGGAGAACAGACAGUCUGAGGAGGUGCAGCAGGAGGAUUUUCAGCAACAGGAGGAGGAGCAGGUGGAGACUGAGGAGAUGCAAGAGGAGCGGGAAGAGGUGCAGCAGACUGAGGAAGGGCAACAGCAGGUGGAGGUACAAAUUGAGGGGCCCCAGCAGACUGAGGAGGUGCAGCAGGAGGAGGAGAUGCAACAAAAGCAGGACGAGGUGCAGCAGAGUGAGGUGGUAAGGCAGGAGGAGGUGCAGCAGGUUGAGGAGCUGCAGCAGACUGAGGAGGAGGAGGAGCAGCAGCAGGAGGAGCAGGAGGAGGUGCAGACUGAGGAAAUGUCAUGGACUGAGGAACAGCAGACAGAGGUGCAGCAGCAGACUGAACAGGAGCAGGAGUCUGAGGAGGAGCAGCACACCGAGGAGGUGCAGGACUUUGUGGAUGCUCUGGAGCAGAACCACAACAACCAGGUCCUGAUUCGACUGAGAGGAAUGCAGAAAUAUAAAAGUACAUCGCAGAGGCUGAAGGGGGUCCUGGAGCAGAUGGACCGUGGCGUUGUGGACCUGCAGGAACUCCGCAGGAACCUGGAACUCGCUGCUGCCAUGUUGGAUGCUGUUUACACUGAUGAGACCAGGUGGGAUGGAUGGAUGCGUCUGUUGGACACCGAGGACGAGCUCAGCGACUUGCAGGCAGAAUCGGUGCCGAGUGAAGUACGUGAUUGGCUGGCGUGUACUUUCAGCAGGAAGAUGGGCGUGGCCAAGCGUCGCCCUGAGGAGAAGCCGAGAUUCAGGAGCAUUGUCCAUGCAGUGCAAGCUGGCAUCUUUGUAGAGAGGAUGUACAGACGGACAUCCAACAUGGCUGGUCUGACCUAUCCUCCCACAGCGUUGACAGCUCUGAAGGAAGUGGAUCAGUGGUCGUUUGAUGUGUUUUCUUUCCAUGUGGCCACUGGAGACCACGCCCUCAAGUUCCUGGUCUACGACCUGCUGACCCGCUAUGACCUCGUCAACAGGUUCAGGAUCCCAGUGCAGGCUCUGGUGCAGUUUGUUGAAGCUCUGGAGAACGGCUACAGCAAACACAGGAACCCCUACCACAACCUGAUCCAUGCCGCUGAUGUCACUCAGACCGCCCAUUUCCUGAUGCUGCACACUGGACUAAUGCACUGGCUCAGCGAGCUGGAGAUUCUUGCGAUGGUUUUUGCUGCAGCGAUUCACGACUUCGAACACACGGGAACAACCAACAACUUCCACAUCCACACCAGGUCAGAGGUAGCCAUUCUGUACAACGACAGGUCGGUGCUGGAAAACCAUCACGUCAGUGCUGCUUACAGGCUGAUGGCAGAGGAGGACAUGAACAUCCUGGUCAACCUGAACAAGGACGACUGGAGGGAGCUGAGGUCUCUGGUGAUAGAAAUGGUGAUGUCCACAGACAUGUCCUGUCACUUCCAGCAGAUCAAGACCAUGAGGAACGCCCUGACGCAGACACACAGCAUAGACAAAGUGAAGGUUUUGUCUCUGAUGCUUCACGCUGCAGACAUCAGUCAUCCAGCCAAAACCUGGCCGCUGCACUACCGCUGGACUCACAGUCUGAUGGAGGAGUUCUUUAGACAGGGAGACAAAGAGGUGGAACUCGGCCUUCCUUUUUCUCCUCUCUGUGACCGCAAAGCUACCAUGAUCGCCCAAUCACAGAUAGGUUUCAUAGACUUCAUCGUGGAGCCGACCUUCAGUGUUCUGAUCGACACAACAGAGAAGGUGAUUGGUCCUCUGAUAGAAGAGGACAGGAAGGCCAGAGAGACCGGAAACAGGAGGUCCAGUUUAACAGGAAGUGGCUCCGUUACCGUAGAGUCAGUGCAGAGACACAGUAGUGGACGCCAUGGAAACAGUGAUGAUGGACAGAUGGACUUUUCUCUGACCGCUAUCGACCUGCCAGCUCUAAGGCUCCACCUAUCGGGCGUCAUCGUCAGCAACAAGGACCGCUGGAAAGAGCUGUCUGUUCACGAACUGGCCAAUAAGGAGCAAGAGGAACAAGAGGGGGUGGAGUCCAGCAUGAACUCAGAUGUCCAGUCACACGCCUCACCCAACCACAGUGUCCCUGAUGGACACAACUCUGACCAAUCACAGAACUCAGACGGCUCCCCACCUGAUCAGACACACAACGACAAGUCACCUGACCAAAUGCCUGCAGAUCACCUGACCUGGAAUGGGGCAGGGCCAGGCGAGGAGAAGGAGAAGGACGACGACGAAGUGCCUGAAAACGCCUGAUGACGCUCCGCGGCAGACUCAC